UGAGAUAGGGCGUUGCAUAUGGCCAGCUCACAGUGACCCACGAUUGGCGCAUGCGUUUACUGCCGUCUGAAGCCGAACCUUGGGGGACAAGGACGCCGUUGUGCACAUGCGCAGGAGGCUCAAUGACAGUCGCUCGUUGGCUAAGGUUCCAGAGAAAGGGUCUGGCUAUGCUGCAUGUGGCCCGGGGGGUCUGGGGGUCCAAGGUCCGGGUCUUGCCCGCUUUCCUCGGGCCUCCCCGGGCCCUGUCAUCGCUGGCGGCCAAGAUGGGGGAGUACCGCAAAAUGUGGAACCCUAAGGAGCCCCGCAACUGGGCUCAGCAGUACCGCGAGCACUUCAUCCCGUUCUCUAAGCAGCAGCUGCUCCGCCUUCUGAUACAGGAAUUCCACUCCAGUCCGACGGAGAAGGCAGCUUUGGAGGAGUUCUUGGCCCACGUGGAGUUCUGCACUUUGUUCCACUACCACGAAAUCCUGGACCGGCUGCAGGCUUUGUAUGACCCCAUCAACCCUGACAGGGAGACCCUCGACCAGCCUUCGCUGACGGAUACCCAGCGUCUGUCCAACGAGCAGGAAGUGCUUGAGGCUCUGAAGCCCCUGCUGAUACAGGCCAACUUCUCCCAGCUCUCCGAGGACACCCUGGCCUACGCUCUGGUGGUUCACCACCCUCAGGACGGGGUCCAGGUGACAAUAAAUUUGGAUCAGUACGUCUACAUGCAUUUCUGGGCCCUGGGCCAGCGAGUCGGGCAGAUGCCACAGAAGUCCAGUGUGGGCUCCAAGCGUGGCUUCUUCACCAGGUCACCCCCCGCAGAGAGGAGAUACUUUAAGCGGGUAGUGCUGGCGGCCCGGACGAAGGGAGGGCACCUGGUGCUGAAGAGCUUCAAGGACACGCCACUGGAGGGCCUGGAGCAGCUGCUGCCUGAGCUGAAGGUGCGCACGUCAACCCUGCAGCGCGCCCUGCUCAACCUCAUACUGAUCGUUUCUGGGCUGGUGUUCUUUGUCAACGUGGGCAUGGUGGUGGUCUCCGACCUCAAGGUGGGCACCUCACUGCUGCUGCUGUUCUUCGCUGUCUUCAUGGGCCUGCGGGCCUCCAAGAUGUUCGGGCAGCGGCGCAGCGCGCAGGCGCUGGAGCUGGCGCACAUGCUGUACUACCGCAGCACGUCCAACAACUCGGAGCUGCUCACCGCCCUGACCUUGCGCGCGCAGGACGAGCACGCCAAGGAGGCGCUGCUGGCGCGCAGCUUCCUGGCACGGCUGCCGGGUGGCGCGAGCCGCCCGCCCCAAGAGACGUCCAAGUGGCUCCAGUCGGAGGUGGAGAGCUGGCUCCUGACUCAGUCAGGCUGCGAGGUGACCUUUAACGGAGCUCGGGCCCUGGCCCACCUGCAAGCCCUGACCCCCAGCAUCGGGCUCUAUCCUCCCCCGGGUUUCCCCAAACUAGACCAGCUGACUUCAAUCACUUCUGAGAUCCCCCAGGCCACACCCCGCAGUGACAACCCCUAACAGCAACCUUCCUGCUCAGACUCGCUUACCCACUUGGCUAGGCACUAAGCCUCGCCUCAUCUACAAGCUGUCGAUCACAGCCACUACGCUUUGCCACGCCCCAACUCCUAAUUUCUGAGGCGAUCAUUUUAGCCAGAGGGUCAAACAGAGCAGACAAUCAAGGCAGCCCACAGUUGCUAGGCUUCUGAUGAACAGUCAGUCAAAGCUAGUUCUGCUUCUAUUCCAUUGCUUAGUCUCUCCUCCACCUUAAACUGGGUGGUUUGGCUAGGGGAUAGGGGGAAGGUGGUGCCAGCCAAUCACUGCCGUCCCGCUCUGUCUUUUCUAAACCACCAGGCACAGUAAAACUGUGCUGUCCAGAGUCUACAUAUCACUGUCUUUUUAGCCUGCUCUCGGCAAACUGCCAGUCAUGUGUACUAAGCCAGGCCCCAGCCAGCAGCCAAUGAGAGCCGUUUAGCCCUGUCCCCUGGCAAACCACCAGUGACAGCUGCUGGGCACUAUCAACCUCGGGUAGCCAGUUGUUGCUGCUCAGAAGCAACCAAUCAGAAUUUCUAAAGGAAACUCGAUCUUCAUAUCAAUUGCUGCGUUGUAUAUGGCGGGCCAUCUGGUCAGCUGCUGAUCACCUCCUCCAGGUUGAAGGGGUUGGGAGCCGUGUGCCUGGCAGAAAGCUGUGGGCCCAGAGGAACCAGACACAUCUUUACUCCAAGACUCGCUCAGGCUCCCAACAACCUCAGGUGCCUUCCUGACCCUGUUACAGAAACUACCUCGGUCUGGAUCUCCCCACUGCCGGAGGCCUGUGCAAUAUUUAUGAGUCUAUCAAUUUCUCCACUAUCCCUUCCCAAAGGAAUAAAUCAUGUUUACUAAGUUUGGAUGAA